GAGGUCACGUUUCCUCACGUUUCCUUUUACGUCAUCCAUAGCUUGUGUUUGUAAAUAGUUUUUUUCAUUUUUGAAUUUUUUUUAUAAUAUAGCGUUAACAAAACGUCUGUAUUUUUAUAAUAUAGCGUUAUAUUUUUAUAAUAUAGCGUUAACAAAACAUCUGUAUUAAUCAUGACCCCGGAAGUAAAUGGGUGAGAAGGUUUUUGUAGGAGGGAAGACAUUUGGCGUGACAGCGUGCUAGUCGGUGAAAGAUGUUUAAGAUGUUUAAAGGUGUUUAAGACGUUUAAGAUGUUUAAGAUGUUUAAAGAUGUUUAAGAUGUUUAAGGUUGCGUGCGCGGCCGCUCACUUCCGUGGCGUGCUGCGAUCGUCCGCUCGGGGGAGCGGCUCACUUCCGGGUUUGAAGGCCGAGCUAGGACGCCCCUGGACCCGCCAUGUCCACGGCGGACACCGGGGAGCCGGAAGAAGCUGCGUGGUUGACCCGAGCCAGGAAGAAACCUUCAUGUUUGUGGAGCUGACAGAUCCAGAAGAGGAACCCAAAUUUGAGAUGGGUGCGGAUCCAAGGCCGACCCUCCCUGAGAUCCGUCCUCACCAGCAGACUCCACAUGCGGCCCGGGGUGGCCAAGACGGACCCGGGAAGGACCAUGAGGUGGAAUCUCCCAUCCAUUUCCAUGACGAGGACUUCCCGCUGGACCCCAGCGUGGUGGCCUCUAAGAAGAAGAAGAAGAAGGCGGCGGCGCCGAAAGGCCAACAUAAGAUCUAUGGUUCGCCAGACUGGGAGGAACCCAGCAGCGACACCCAUUGCUGGGGCUGCGGCAGCAUCCUGCACUGCCGGGACGUGGGAGCCCCCGGGUACCUGCCCAGCGAGAAGUACAAAGUCCUGCUGCAGGACAAAGGUCUGAGCGGCGCCACCUGCCAGCGCUGCUACCUCCUGCGCCAUCACCAGACGGUCGUCAGCGUCCAAGUGUCCAAGGAGCAGUUCCGACACGUGGUGCAGACCAUCCGCUCGAAGAGAGCGCUGGUGCUUCUCUGCGUGGACCUCCUGGACGUCCCGGACUCGGUGGUUCCCGACCUUGCGGAGUUGGUGGGCGCCAACAAACACGUCGUGGUCCUGGGCAACAAGAUCGAUCUCCUCCCUGGAGACUCUCCCAACUACCUGGAGCGCAUCAAGCGGCAGCUCUCUCACUACUGCCAGGAAGCCGGUUUUGGGAGCCAGGUGACCGACGUCCACCUGGUCAGCGCCAAGACCGGAUACGGGAUCGAGGGUCUGAUCUCCAGCCUGCAGAGCGCCUGGAAGUACAAAGGUGACGUCUACCUGGUGGGGAGCACCAACGCGGGCAAGUCCACGCUCUUCAACACCUUGCUGGAGUCCGACUUCUGCAAAUCCAAAACCUCCAGCAAUCGUAAAGCCACCAUCUCCCCCUGGCCUGGGACCACUCUGAACCUGCUCAAAUUCCCCAUCAUCAACCCCACGCCGUACAGAAUGUUCCGGCGGCAGAAGCGUCUGGGAGAAUGGCGCGGGCAGACGGAAGAGCAGAUGCCGCCUGAUGAAGUGAAGAGGCUGCAAGACUUCCGUCGCCAGGGAUACUUAGUGGGUCGUGUUGGGAGAACGUUCCUGCCCACAGUCCGACAGAGAGGGAUCUCAUUUGACCCCGACAGUUUAGCUUUUGGGGAGAACGGCGAGGAAGAACUGAGCACGGAAAAAGAAGACUCUGCAGAUGAGUUCACCUACAACGAGCUGAAAGACGCUCACUGGCUGUUUGACACACCAGGAAUCAUGAAGGAACAUGACGUCCUGGCUCUGCUGAAUGAACAGGAAGUGAAAGCCCUGGUUUCCACGCGGGCUAUCAUACCUCGCACCUUCGUACUCAAGCCCGGAAUGAGUCUCUUUGUGGGAGCUCUUGCUCGGAUCGACUUCCUGCAGGGCGAGCAGUCCUGCUGGUUCUCUGUGCUGACCUCUGCUGACCUGCCUCUUCACCUCACCACUGUGGACAAGGCACUCAGUGUCUACCAGAAACAUGCUGGACAUCAGCUGCUGGGGGUGCCAGCAGGAGGAGCAGAUCGCAUGAAGGACUUCCCGGCGUUGGUUCCUCAAGAGUUCCGGCUGGAAGGGCGAGGUCACACGGAGGCCGUGGCCGACAUCAAGCUGUCGUCCGCAGGUACACCAAGAAGGCUGGGUGGCGGUGACUGCAGGGCAGGGUCAGCAGCUGCUGGUGGCGGUCCAUGGCCCGCCCUCGCUGGCCUACGGUCUGAGGACGCCGCCGCUGCUUCCACACGUGGUCUUGCUGAAGGGAGCACGGAUCCCCGGAUCGGCCGCCUACAAGGUCAUGAAGCCGUCGGGGAUGCUGGACCUUGGACUGUCCGCACGUGCGGCCUACAGGCAGAAAGCUAAGGCCAAGAAGAAAUGAGAGGAAGUGACGUUUGCACCUGGGGAGAGGCCCCUCCCAUCUCCAAGGACAUGCACCUGGGGAGAGGCCCCUCCCAUCUCCAAGGACAUGCACCUGGGGAGAGGCCCCUCCCACCUCCAAAGACAUGCACCUGGGGAGAGGCCCCUCCCAUCUCCAAGGACAUGCACCUGGGGAGAGGCCCCUCCCACCUCCAAAGACAUGCACCUGGGGAUAGGUUUAUUGGCAACACUGAAUGGUCCCUAGUGUGUGAAUGUUGUCUGUCUAUCUGUGUUGGCCCCGGGAUGAGGUGGCGACUUGUCCAGGGUGUACACCGCCUUCCGCCCGAUUGUAGCUGAGAUAGGCUCCAGCGCCCCCCGCGACCUCAAAGGAGACAAGCAGUAGGAAAUGGAUGGAUGGACGUUGUUGUCAACUAAAGAAAACAUUUAUUUACAAAUUUGAUUUCCUGUGUGAUGUGGUCUCAUGUCCUGUGUGAUGUGGUCUCAUGUCCUGUGUGAUGUGGUCUCAUGUCCUGUGUGAUGUGGUCUCAUGUCCUGUGUGAUGUGGUCUCAUGUCCUGUGUGAUGUGGUCUCAUGUCCUGUGUGAUGUGGUCUCAUGUCCUGUGUGAUGUGGUCUCAUGUCCUGUGUGAUGUGGUCUCAUGUGCUGUGUGAUGUGGUCUCAUGUCCUGUGUGAUGUGGUCUCAUGUCCUGUGUGAUGUGGUCUCAUGUCCUGUGUGAUGUGGUCUCAUGUCCUGUGUGAUGUGGUCUCAUGUCCUGUGUGAUGUGGUCUCAUGUCCUGUGUGAUGUGGUCUCAUGUCCUGUGUGAUGUGGUCUCAUGUCCUGUGUGAUGUGGUCUCAUGUGCUGUGUGAUGUGGUCUCAUGUCCUGUGUGAUGUGGUCUCAUGUCCUGUGUGAUGUGGUCUCAUGUCCUGUGUGAUGUGGUCUCAUGUCCUGUGUGAUGUGGUCUCAUGUCCUGUGUGAUGUGGUCUCAUGUCCUGUGUGAUGUGGUCUCAUGUCCUGUGUGAUGUGGUCUCAUGUCCUGUGUGAUGUGGUCUCAUGUCCUGUGUGAUGUGGUCUCAUGUGCUGUGUGAUGUGGUCUCAUUUCUGUCUCAACAAACCUUUUCAUUAGGAACACAUGCUGGGAAUGUCUUAAAUAUUUUCCUCCCAAAACAAACAUUUGCUCUUCCAUUACAGUCCAAACUGUGGUUGUCAUGGCUGAAAUAUUUACUGAUUUUGAUGUUUGUACUUCAUCACAAUUGAGCUUUCAUACAUCAUCAGUUACAAAUCUAAAACAAAUGUGCUUUUAUUUUGAAGGAAGUCAUUGUGUAACUAAAUAAUAGGCGUGGAAAUCUGUGGGCAACUAGCUUGUCAUCCAAUUCACUGGCUGAUGAUUCCACUCAACACUCAUUUAUUUGCUAUAACCAUGAUAAAAGUAUUUUAAAAGUCAUUCUGAUACAUGAUGACUAACAUGAAUGGCAGCCAAACUGCGGAGCAAUAGUUCUUAGACGUCACCUUUCUUCUCCAGGAAAUUGUGAGUACAUGAAACGUGUUCCAUAAGAGGUUUUUGUCAACCAGUUAUUAUAAUUAAUGUACAAAUUAAUAUUCUGCCUUCUAAAUAAAGAAUGGAUUUGAAAGCC